CUCGGGUACAGAGUCCUUUACCUGCAAGUCGGGUUUGAACGACGUCGCUUCGCGGCUCACGAAGAUCUGCUUUGCUCUCGCUCUCAAUUCUUCAAAGAGCGUUUUCAGAAGGGUCGAAAAGACAUUGAGGGGGAAUGCGUUAUCUGUCACGAAAAUCUGAGUGAUUUAGAGACAGAUCUCACCUUCUGCAGCGACUGCGGGAAGAACAUCCACAACAAAUGCAUUCGAAAGUGGAAACAGAAUCAGAAUACCUGCCCUAUGUGCCGCACAACGUGGUCCAAUAAGAAGAUAACGAAGCAUGAGGUCUUUCGAGAGAUAGAGUCUGAGCUUUUCGAGGUGUACGUUCAGUGGCUGUACCAACAGAGUAUCCCCAAGUAUAUGGAAGCUAAGGAUGAUGGCCCUGAAAUUCACUGCUAUCGACUUCUUGAAGCGCAUAUGCUUGGCGAGACCUUGCAAGACACGGACUUCCAACAGGCAAUCCGGCAGGAGAUCAUCGAGUUCUGUCUAGCAAACCCGAAGUGUAUCGAUACGGAUGUCAUUGAACUCGUCUUUCAUGAUAAUAUUGCAGAAGAUCACAUACUGCGAAAACUCAUAUUGGAACUCUAUGCGCUCUUAGGCGAUCCAGACUGGCUCGUCAACACAGAGGAAGUUCCGCAUCGGUUCAUUGUCGACCUGGCUCAAGCCUACGUGAGAAAGAGCAAGAUACUACUGUCAGCUGGUGGGGAUGUCCGUAAAGUUCUGGCCGAGGCUGGUUACAUUGAGCAGGAUGAUGCAAGCCUCGAGGACGGCGAUGGAGUCGUCGGUUGA